AGGCUCUGCGCAUGCGCGGGCCAGGGCGGGGCGGCCCGUGGCGGCGUCAUGGAGAAGUACGAGCGGAUCCGUGUGGUGGGGCGAGGCGCCUUCGGGAUCGUUCACCUGUGCCUGCGCAAGGCGGACCAGAAGCCGGUGAUCAUCAAGCAGAUCCCGGUGGAGCAGAUGAGCAAGGAUGAGAGGCUGGCGGCCCAGAACGAGUGCCAGGUCCUGAAGCUGCUCAACCACCCCAACGUCAUCGAGUACUACGAGAACUUCCUGGAGGACAAGGCCCUCAUGAUCGCCAUGGAGUACGCGCCAGGCGGCACGCUGGCCGAGUACAUCCAGAAGCGCUGCAACUCGCUCCUGGACGAGGACACCAUCCUGCACUUCUUUGUGCAGAUCCUCCUGGCCCUGCACCACGUCCACACCCACCUCAUCCUCCACCGGGACCUCAAGACCCAGAACAUCCUCCUCGACAAGCACCGCAUGAUCGUCAAGAUCGGCGACUUUGGCAUCUCCAAGAUCCUCAGCAGCAAGAGCAAGGCCUACACGGUGGUCGGCACCCCGUGCUACAUCUCCCCCGAGCUGUGCGAGGGCAAACCCUACAACCAGAAGAGUGACAUCUGGGCCCUGGGCUGUGUCCUCUACGAGCUGGCCAGCCUCAAGAGGGCCUUCGAGGCGGCGAACCUGCCGGCCCUCGUGCUGAAGAUCAUGAGCGGCACCUUCGCGCCCGUGUCGGACCGCUAUAGCGUGGAGCUGCGGCAGCUGGUGCUCAGCCUGCUCCGCCUGGACCCUUCGCAGCGGCCCCAGCUCAGCGAGAUCAUGGCCCAGCCCCUCUGCAUCCGCACCCUGCUCAAUCUCUAUACCGACGUGGGCAGCGUCAAGAUGCGGAGGGCAGAGAAGCCCCUGGCCACGGUGCCCCCAGUGGCCCAUGGCCGAGGGGGCAGCAGAGUGGGCAGUGCCAGGACCUGGGGUGCCCCCGGGGGGCCGGCCAGGCCGACCGUCCCUCCCCCGCUGUGCUCCGUGUAUACCUGGGGCGGGGGGCUCAGCACCCCCCUGCGUCUCCCCAUGCUCCACACCGAGGUGGGACAGGUGGCGGCCGGGCGCACCCAGAGAGCCGGGGUCACCAAGUCGGGACGCCUCAUCAUUUGGGAGGCUGCCCCCGUGGGGUCCGGCGGGGGCCCCGCGCUGCCCGGGGCUCUGGAGCCGCUGCAGCCGCAGUUCGUCUCCCGCUUCCUGGAGGGCCAGUCGGGUGUCACCAUCAAGCACGUGGCCUGCGGGGACCUGUUUGCGGCCUGUCUCUCGGACCGGGGUAUCAUCAUGACGUUUGGCAGCGGCAGCAGCGGCUCCCUGGGCCACGGCAGCUUCACAGAUGUCGGCCAGCCCAAGAUCGUGGAGGCCCUGCUGGGCUACGAGAUGGUGCAGGUGGCCUGCGGGGCGUCUCAUGUGUUGGCCCUGUCCGCAGAGCGAGAGGUGUUUGCCUGGGGCCGAGGCGACAGCGGACGCUUAGGUCUGGGCACCCGGGAAUCCCACAGCUGCCCCCAGCCGGUACCCGUGCCCCCCGAGCUGGAGGCCCAGCGGGUCCUGUGUGGCAUCGACUCUUCCAUGAUCCUCACGGUCCCCGGCCAGGCCCUGGCGUGCGGGAGCAAUAGGUAUAACAAGCUGGGCCUGGACUGGCUGGCCCCCGGGGAAGAGCCCGCUCCCCACGACCAGGUAGAGGAAGCUCUGAGCUUCACACCCCUUCGCUCUGCUCCCCUGAACCUAGCACCCCUGGUGAGCGCCGACGUGGGCACGGCCCACUCCGCCGCUGUCACAGCCUCUGGCCAGUGCUACACUUUUGGCAGCAACCAACACGGGCAGCUGGGCUCUGGGGCCCGCCAUGGCAGUCGGGCACCCUGCCUGGUCGGGGGGCUGCAGGGCAUCCGGGUGACAAUGGUGGCCUGCGGGGAUGCCUUCACGGUGGCCAUCGGCGCAGACGGCGAGGUGUACACGUGGGGCAAGGGGGCCCGGGGCCGACUGGGCCGGAAGGACGAGGACAGCGGAGUUCCCAGGCCGGUGCAGCUGGAUGAGCCCCACCCUUACGUGGUCACCUCUGUAUCUUGUUGCCACGGAAACACCCUGCUGGCCACCCGGCCUGCCACGGAGGAGCCCGCCCCGCCCUGAGGAGCGCCACCAAGCACCCCCCGCAGCUUCGACUGACUCACCCUGCCCCUCGUUUCCUACUGUCUGCUUCCGGGCCCCCUCGGGGCCUGAUGCGGGGUAGGCUCCAGCCUCCUCCAGACCAACCCCCUCUUGGGGUACAACCAUAUCCCGGGGCACCGGGGAGGGCAGCCGUGGGCCCAGAAUAGAAGGCUCAGGGGCUGGGCUGGGCUGCAUCCUGGGCUCCUGGCACUCUUCGGGCACAGUCUUGGCACAGGGAGGGCCCAGCUGCCCUGUGCAUCCCCCCCAGCUCCCCCUCAACUCUGGCCCUUCUCCCUUCCUCGUUACUCAUCCCCUCACUCCCCUGCCCACGGGAGCCUGGCACUCCCCCCUCCCCCCGGCUCCUUUUCCCUCCCGGUGCUCCUUCCUGGCUCGUGCCCGGGCCAAACCCGCUACGCCAGGCUGGCGGCCCAGCCACCCCCGCCUGGCCCGAGGCAGCUGUGUCUUGGGUGAAAGAGACAGCGAUCUCAGAAGCUCCCAGCCACCUGCAAGGCCACGGCAGGAAGUGGCGGGGGAGGGACUCCCCACUCUGGGAUGGGGGAGGCGAGUGCCUCGAGCUGCCUGGGGACACGCAACCCAGCCCCCUGGGCCCAUCACCCUCGCCCACCCCCGGUCACAGCUCCAGUCCCAAGUCCCCCUCAGAGGUGGCGGGCGGGCACCGCCAUUCUGGGUGAGGCAGGCUGAAUAGGACGGGGAAGUUGUCUGGCCCAGAGAAGGCCAGGCAGGCCCGUCCACCAGGGCCUCAGCCCCAUCCCUGCCUGGCUCUCAAGCCUCCCGGGUAGCACGGUGGUCAGAGAUGCCCCCCGUCCCCAUCCCCAGCUCAGGAGGGGACGGGGGACAACUGGGGCAGAAGUAUUCUUUCAUUCUGUCAUUGUUGAUCGCCUUUAUUGAGCGCUUACUGUGUGCAGAGCACUGUACUAAGUCCUUGGGAGAGUACAAUAUAACAAUAAACAGACACAUUCCCUUUCCACAAUGACGGUACAGUCUAGAGGGCGGAGUGGGAGCAGAGAGGCCAGGGAGCAGGGGUUCGUCCAGUCGGGGAGGGGUCUGUCUCUUCCUCCUUCCUGUGCUCUCCAGGAGCCCUCCCAGAGCCCGGGGAGGAGGGAGCCAGCUGAGCAGAGACCACCCCAGAACUGGACUGACCUCUCCCGCCCCUUCCCUCCCCACUCUCUCUUGCCCUCUGUCACCCUCUCUGUCUCUUCUCUACCCCCCCUUCCCGCACCCCACAGUCAGACCCUCCGACCUUGCACCAGUCUGGCUCAAGGCGGAGGGCCAGGGAAAGGGGGGACCCCGGGAAUGGCACCUCAAACGAGCUGGGCAGCGCUCGCCCUUCCUGGACAGGCGGGCACAGCUGAGCAGGGCAGAAGGCUGAGGCGAUUGCUGUAACGGUCGCUGCGGUUGCAGCUGUGACUGCUGGACUCUGAACUCGGGUGUCUAGAGCGACCGUGGCCUGUUGCUUUUUGUGUUUGUCCUCUCCUCUCCCCAGUUUUAUUGUUUCAUCUCGCCCUGUGUGUCAGCCUCCUCUCGCCGCUUACAUUCUUAGAUUGUGACCCCCCCCGCCCCAAGAGACCCAGGCCAGGGCCAGUGUCUGAUUUCCACGCGGGUAUUCUUUCUCGGUGCUUAGUAGUGACCUCGCAAAGUAAGCGCUUAAUAAAUACCUUUACUAUUA